AUGGAACCCGUCACCCAAGACGCCGCCCCUCUUUCCGUCGCCAUCGUCGGUGGGGGCAUCGUGGGCUUCAUCCUCGCAGCUGGGCUUCACAAGCGCAACAUCAAAGUCCAGAUUUACGAGCAGUCCCGCGGUCCGCGUGAGAUCGGGGCUGGUGUGGCAUUCACAGGCGCCGCCCAAAAGUGCAUGCGGAUGAUGGACCCCGCCAUUCUCGAGGCCCUGUAUGGCAGCGGCUCGAUGCCACUCAGUGACUGCGGCGGCCAUGACUUCUUGCGCUGGCUCGACGGUUACACGCAGCCUAACAAAGACGAGCCAUACUACGAGAUUCCUCUCUGCGCGCUUGAUGCAGGCCCGAGGGGAUUCGAGGGCGUCAGGAGAGACAUGCUUCUCGAGUCUCUCGUCAAGCUUCUGCCUUCUGAAGCUGUUUCCUGGAAGAAACGCCUCGUCGCCAUCGAGGAAGCGGAACCAGGAGCCAAACUCACGCUCAAAUUUGCGGACGGCCACGUGGCCCACGCUGAUGCAGUCAUCGGCUGCGAUGGGAUCAAAUCACGGGUCCGCGAACUGAUACUGGGAGAGGGAAACCCCGCCUCCUAUCCGCACUUUGCGCACAAAGUAGCGUACCGCUGCCUCUUGCCCUAUGACGCCUGUCACAAGAUCCUCGGCGACUGGAAAGGGCGUAACUUCCACAUGCACAUCGGCCCCAACGCGCACAUCAUCCACUACCCCGUCGCCAACCAGACGCUGAUGAACUUUGUGGCUUUCGUCAGCGACGACAGCGAGUGGUCGGACUGGCAGCAGAUGGUGGGCACAGGCUCGCGCAAGGAUGUCGAAAAGGCGUUCACCGGCUGGAACCAGACCGUUAGCGACCUUGUGGCUCUGCUGCCGGACGACAUGAUCAAGUGGGCGUUGUUCGAUUCCUGGGACUAUCCCGCGCCUUACUACAACAAGGGCAGGAUAGUCUUGGCUGGCGAUGCCGCGCACGCGAGCAGCCCCCACCACGGCACCGGGGCAAGCUGCGGCAUUGAGGAUGCUCUGUCCCUGAGUGUCCUUCUCGACCAAGUCGCCAAGACGGUGGCAAGAGACGGCGUAUCGGCAAGGCACGAGGCGCUGGAGACGGCGUUUGAUGUGUUCGACAAGACUAGACGCACCAGAACACAGUGGUUGGUCAACAGCAGCCGCAGGGUCAUUGAUCUUUUCCACCAGGAGGAUUGGGCGGUCCCCGAGAAGCGUGUCAAAGCCGAGACGUGCUUUGAGGAGCUGAAAGAUCGGUCGUUCAAGCUAUGGCACUUUGACCCGGAGAACAUGGUCAAGACGACCAUCGAGGAAUACACCAAGCGCGUAGGAGCCACUAAGUAG